CUCUGCCGCUCUUCCCCCAAACGUCAAAGUCACACCUGAGGGCAAAGAUCAAGGACUGUGAGGUUCAGACUUCAGAUCCCUCUUCAUUCAGCCCCGGCCCUUCUGGGGUCAUGACCCCGUGCCCUUUUCUCAACUUCUGGACUCACUGUCUUAAUAAUCGUGUGCAGUACGAGUUGCCUUCUCUAUUUCUAACCUGCUGGAGGUGCCAUGGCCCCUGUGGAACAUAUUGGAGAAACUGAGGCGCAGAGAGGUCACCCAGCUAAUGCGGUAGAGCUGAGAUUCCCCUCCAGGUCCGUCUGGCUCAGCCCAACUAGUGCUUUGCACAUCCGGGUCAAGCCUGACAAGAUGGGCGUAGUCACAGAUGGCGUGAAGCACUCCAUGAACCCCUUCUGUGAGAUCGCAGUGGAGGAGGCCGUGAGGCUCAAGGAGAAGAAGCUGGUCAAAGAGGUCAUCGCUGUCAGCUGUGGGCCUGCCCAGUGCCAGGAGACCAUCCGCACUGCUCUGGCCAUGGGUGCAGACCGAGGCAUCCACGUGGAGGUGCCAGCUGCAGAGGCAGAUCGCCUGGGUCCCCUGCAGGUGGCCCGGGUCCUGGCCAAGCUGGCAGAGAAGGAGAAGGUGGACCUGCUGCUGCUGGGCAAGCAGGCCAUCGAUGAUGACUGUAACCAGACGGGGCAGAUGACAGCUGGAUUUCUAGACUGGCCACAGGGCACAUUCGCCUCCCAGGUGACAGUGGAAGGUGACAAACUGAAAGUGGAGCGGGAGGUUGAUGGGGGCCUAGAGACCGUGCGGCUGAAGCUGCCUGCUGUGGUGACUGCUGACCUGCGGCUCAAUGAGCCCCGCUAUGCCACAUUGCCCAACAUCAUGAAAGCCAAGAAGAAGAAGAUUGAAGUGAUCAAGCCUGGAGACCUGGGUGUGGACCUGACCUCCAAGCUCUCCAUAGUUAGUGUGGAGGACCCACCCCAGCGAACCGCUGGCAUCAAGGUGGAGACUGUGGAGGACCUGGUGGCCAAGCUGAAGGAGAUUGGGCGGAUUUGAGCCCCUUCCCUAAAACCCAGCAAUAAAACUAUGACCCUCUCGA